GAUAGCUUUGAUGUUGUCUCCCCUUAUUGUCAGACGCUAGACUGAGCGCUGAACAUUUUGUAUUCUUCACUAUAAUGCAUAGCAGUACGACUCUGGUAGUCUGUGCUCCCUUACUGUAAACUAGAAACACUUGUGUUUGCAUUAUACGUUAAAGCGCAGAAACGCAAAAUGGAUUACCCACCUCAAUCAAAACAGACCGGCCGUGAUGUACAUAAUAAACAAGGCUUGAAGGAACGAACAGAAAAACAAAUCCACGUGAAAAAAGGUCUGGAAGUAAGCAAAGAGUGGGAGACUCCAAUCACGUGACAUCAGAAAAUCCAUGCCAUUGGAUAAGGAAACACGGGCCUUCUUAGUUUGAAUCUCCACAAUGCAGAAAACCACUUACUAUGAUAAUUCCGGACUGUUCGGAGGCUACUCGUACCCCAAAUCCGACUCUUACAGUUACAGUUCCACUCACCAACCUUACUCCGCCUCUAACAUUGAGAAUGAUUUCCAGGGUCCGGUCUGCCCGAUACAGACUUCAACGAUCCGACCCGCAACGCAUAAAACCACUGACUUAAAUGGCAGCUGCAUGCGAACGAGUAACAGUCAGGGUAACAGCCAAGCGGCGAGCAUCGGCGAGCAGCAGCAAGCGCCUCCUUUGCCAGCCUCUUCACCAAACUCCAGCAGCACUUCCGCACAGAAAAAGAAGCCUCCCUCUAACAGCUCCUCCAGUAGCACCACACCAGUCAUUACAAAGCAAAUAUUUCCGUGGAUGAAGGAGUCCCGACAGAACUCGAAACAGAAAAACAACAGCUGCACAGCUACAGGUGAAACCUGUGACGACAAAAGCCCACCUGGACCUGCUUCUAAACGCGUUCGCACUGCCUACACCAGCGCCCAACUUGUUGAACUUGAAAAGGAGUUUCAUUUCAACCGCUAUCUUUGUCGUCCUCGCAGAGUGGAAAUGGCUAAUCUGUUGAACCUCACAGAGCGCCAAAUAAAGAUCUGGUUUCAAAACAGGAGGAUGAAGUACAAAAAGGAUCAAAAAGCCAAGGGGAUAAUGCACUCUCCCAUCGGACACUCUCCCGACAGGAGUCCGCCGUUGAGUGGCCCCAAUCACAUUGGCUAUUCCGGUCAGCUCCCGAACGUCAACAGCCUGAGCUACGACGCACCCUCGCCUCCAUCAUUCGCCAAGCCACAACAAAACGUGUACGGCUUGGCUGCCUACACGGCACCAUUAGGUGGCUGCAUACCGCAGCAGAAAAGGUAUCCGGGCUCCGAGUACGAGCACCACAGCAUGCAAGGCAACGGCGGCUUUGCCAACGCUAAUUUACAAGGCAGCCCCGUGUACGUCGGAGGGAAUUUCGUUGAUUCCAUGCCAGCCUCGGGCCCCAUGUUCAACCUCGGCCAUCUCCCCCAUCCCUCAUCCGCCAGCGUGGACUACAGCUGCGCGGCGCAGAUCCCGGGCAACCAUCACCAUGGACCCUGUGACCCACAUCCCACGUACACAGACCUCACUUCUCACCACGCAUCUCAGGGAAGGAUUCAGGAGGCGCCUAAAUUAACGCAUCUGUAGUGGAUUCCGUCUGUGUGCCGAAGCGAUGAUCUCGCUUUUUUUUAAUACCUCACUAGUCUAAAGUACUUUAUAUUGCGCUCCGAGAAGAGCUCCUGUAUUAGCCCGUAUAUUAUUACUGUUAUUGACAUUUCUGCGAUUAUCAUGACGAACAAAACAGCUAGACUGAUGACGUUUAAGGGAUCAAGGAUUUGUUUAUUGUCAGCUGUUCUUGUUUUCUGAAGUGCAAUGUGUAACAAAGGACAGAACAUUUCAUAACGUUUUACUUGAAGGUAAGUCCUGUAGAUCGAUU